UCCGUUUUCAUUCCCCAAGAGGUCUGGGGGCAGAGAGCGAGGCCUGCAGCGCUUUGGUUUUAUUUUCUCCGGUCGCUCGCUCCUUUCUGUAUCCGGGCAGCAGCGGCUGCUCUCAGCUUCGCUUCUCGUCUCUUCUGUACCAGGUUGGCUUUAUUUUUGUCGAUAGGCGGUUUUAUUGCUUUUUUGCCCCUGAAAGUUCAAGGCGAGAUUGGACAAGAAAACUGUUCCCCCUUGUAUUCUCAUUGUUUUUUCUUCUCCACUCGGAUCUUGCUGCUGUUGAAGUCUCCUAUGCUCUUCUCUCGGGUCUCCAAGUCCAGGCCGCUCUUUUCACCCUCCAGCUUCGAAAACAAACUGCUUAUUGACAAUUGUUAUCUACUUAAAUGGACAUCUUCUCUAUUUCCAAGUUCCACAUCAUAUAAACAAGAUGAAUUGGGAAGGAAAAUUUUUAGGUCUGAAGGAGUAUCCGGUCGCAUCCAGAAUAUUCUUUCUAAUGGAUAUGUUCCCUGCAAACAUUUCUAUGCACGAAGUUCUUCAGGCAUCUAUACGUCAUCGAGAUUAUGUCAUAUUGAUUCAUUUUCACAAAUUGAGAGGAAUUCACUGCUUAAUGCUGAUUGUCAGAUGCAUGCUGAUCGCACAGCAUCUGACAAUGAUUCGAUCAUUAAAUAUGCUGCCAUGAUACAAGAAAUUCUGAAGUCCCAUGAAAGCACAAGUGAGCUAGAGUCAGCCCUCAAUCAGUUUGUGCCUAUACUCAGUGAGGACUUAGUUGUGCAGGUCCUUCAGAGGCAUCGGUCCGAUUGGAAGCUUGCAUUAUCUUUUUUUAAUUGGGCAUCCACCCAACAAGGUUAUGCUUAUGGAUCAAGGGUUUUAAACGAGAUGCUUGAUAUUCUCGGUAGGAUGAAACGGAUCAAGCUAAUGAGGCAAAUGUUUGAUGAAAUUGCCAAAGAGAGAGGCAUGUGCAUCAUCAAUGAGAAAACUUUUUCAAUUCUACUAAACAGAUACGCAGGUGCUCAUAAGGUACAAGAAGCUAUUGAUAUGUUUUAUAAGAGGAAAGAUUAUGGCUUUGAGCUUGACAUGGUUGCUUUCCAGACACUUUUGAUGUCUCUCUGCAGAUACAAACAUGUUGAAGAGGCAGAAGCUCUCUUUCUUAAGAAGCAAGGUGAGUUCCCUCCUGUUAUAAGGAGCAGAAACAUAAUUCUUAAUGGUUGGUGUGUGUUGGGAAGCUUACGUGAUGCUAAAAGGUUUUGGAAUGACAUAAUCUUGUCCAAGUGCCAACCAGAUGUGGUCACAUUUGGCAUUUUCAUUAAUUCUUUGACCAAGGCUGGGAAGCUAGGUUCUGCAGUGAACCUGUUCACUUCCAUGCGGAAGAAAGGGUGUCAGCCAGAUGUGACGAUCUGUAAUUGCAUUAUCGAUGCAUUAUGCUUCAAGAAAAGAAUUCCAGAAGCCCUUGAAAUUUUUGGUGAAAUGGAUGAGCCUGGUUGCCGCCCAGAUGUAGCAACCUAUAAUUCUCUCAUAAAGCACCUUUGUAAGAUAAGGAGGAUGGUAAAGGUGUAUGAACUUUUGGAUGAGAUGGAACAAAAGGGUUGCCUCCCAAAUACUAGAACAUACUCUUAUAUUUUUAAAACGACUAAGAAACCAGAAGAGGUUAUAGAUUUAUUGUAUCGAAUGGUAAGAACUGGUUGCAAAAUUGAUGGUGACACCUACAAUUUGCUACUAAACCUGUUUGUUCAGUGGAAAUAUCAAAGAGGCAUUCAGUCUGUAUGGGCUGAGAUGGAGAGAAGUGGAUUAGGUCCUGAUCAGCGGUCUUACACGAUUAUGAUUCAUGGUCUUCAAAAACAAGGGAAGUUAGAUGAGGCUUUUCAAUAUUACAGCAAGAUGAGGUUAAAAGGAAUGAUUCCAGAACGAAGGACAAGGAUACUAAUAAAAGCAAUUUCUUUGAAAAGAGGGCAGGAGAGCAAUACAUCACAUGACUCUUCCAGUACAAUAUAGAAGAGGAAGAGAAAAUCUCAGAUUGAUGCUUAACCAAGAUUCAUUCAGGUAGGAAAAUAGAGUCAAAGAUUACACUGAUUUGAAGCUGACAGUGUCAUGUAUGAAGGUCCGUGCCAUAUCCUUUAUUACAAGUCUGUAUGCAUUCCAACUUAACUUCAGUGAUCCUCCCCACCUUUUUUUUUUUCAAAUGGUUGAAAUUUGAUGGGUGUUAACUGUUGAAACUUGUAUGACGCUAUGACUACCUCCUUAGAGUUGGGAACUUAUUAUCUAAACUGUUGUUUCUGCUGCUGUUGGUAUUUUAGGAUUUAUUUUGGCACUCUUCAAUUGUAUAUGAAUGCAGUCAUCGGUCCGGAUCU